AGAAGGCGGACAUGAUUUUCAUUGAGGUUUAGGUUGCUCACUGAUUGCAAGCUGCGGUUGGAUGUUCUCACGUUGAUGGUUUCAAGGGGAGUAGUUGUAGUCUUCCCGGAGAGUAAAACUGUCCUGGGACAACCAUUGGAAUUAUCGUAGACUUUGUAGAAGAGCCAAAAAGAGGGAGAACUUUAGAAUUAGACGGCAUUUCUUGGAUUCCUGGAUUGCGAACUCACAUUUCACGAUGCCGGUCUUUCACACAAAGACGAUAGAAAGUAUCCUAGAGCCAGUGGCUCAGCAGAUAUCCCAUCUGGUGAUAAUGCACGAAGAAGGUGAAGUUGACGGAAAAGCUAUUCCAGAUCUCACGGCUCCCGUGGCUGCUGUUCAGGCGGCUGUCAGCAAUCUUGUUCGGGUGGGGAAGGAGACUGUCCAGACCACAGAGGACCAGGUUAUGAAAAGGGACAUGCCACCAGCGUUCAUCAAGGUGGAGAACGCCUGCACCAAGCUGGUCCAGGCUGCGUCCAUGCUAAAAGCCGACCCCUACUCCGUCCCCGCCCGCGAUUACCUUAUCGACGGCUCCCGGGGCAUCCUGUCCGGAACAUCCGACCUGCUCCUGACCUUUGACGAGGCUGAGGUCCGCAAAAUCAUCCGCGUGUGCAAGGGCAUCCUGGAGUACCUGACCGUGGCUGAGGUGGUGGAAUCCAUGGAGGAUCUCAUCACGUACACCAAGAACCUGGGUCCAGGGAUGACGAAGAUGGCGAAGAUGAUCGACGAGCGGCAGCAGGAGUUGACCCACCAGGAGCACCGCGUCAUGCUGGUCAACUCCAUGAACACCGUCAAGGAGCUGCUUCCUGUUCUCAUCUCAGGAAUCAAGAUCUUCGUGACCACCAAGACAUCCCAGAGCCACGGGGUUGAGGAGUCGCUGAAGAACCGCAACUUCACCUUCGAGAAGAUGUCCGCCGAAAUCAACGAGAUCAUCCGGGUGCUGCAGCUCACUUCCUGGGACGAGGAUGCCUGGGCCAAUAAGGACACUGAGGCCAUGAAGAGGGCUCUUGCUCUGAUCGACUCCAAGAUAACUCAGGCCAAGAACUGGCUCAGGGACCCCAACGCCCAAGCAGGGGAUGCUGGGGAGCAGGCCAUCCGCCAGAUCCUGGACGAGGCUGGGAAGGUCGGUGAGCUGUGUGCAGGGAAGGAACGCAGAGACAUCCUGGGCACAGCCAAGACCCUGGGCCAGAUGACCGACCAGGUGUCUGAGACCAGAGCCAGAGGUCAGGGGACGUCUCCGGCCGCCAUGCAGAAGGCCCAGCAGGUGUCCCAGGGUCUGGACGUGCUCACGGGAAAGGUGGAGAACGCCGCCCGCAAACUGGAGGCCAUGACCAACUCCAAACAGGCCAUCGCCAAGAGAAUCGACGCCGCGCAGAACUGGCUGGCGGAUCCCAACGGUGGUCCGGAGGGAGAGGAGAACAUCAAGGGCCUUCUGACUGAGGCCAGGAAGAUCGCUGACAUGUGUGAGGACCCCAAGGAGAGGGAAGACAUCCUGCGCUCCAUCGGAGAGAUAGCCGCCCUCACGGCUAAGCUCUCUGAGCUAAGGAGACAGGGCAAAGGUGAUACGCCAGAGGCGAGGGCUUUGGCCAAGCAGAUUGCCACGGCCCUGCAGAACCUGCAGUCCAAGACCAGCAAGGCGGUGGCCAACAGCAGACCUGCUAAAGCAGCCGUCCACCUGGAGGGGAAGAUAGAGCAGGCGCAGCGCUGGAUAGACAACCCCACUGUAGACGACAGUGGAGUGGGCCAGGCAGCUAUCCGGGGGCUGGUAGCGGAGGGCCGCAGGUUGGCUAACGCCCUGCCCGGCCCAUACCGCCAGGAGAUGCUUGGGAGGUGUGAGCUGGUGGAGCAGCUGAUGGCCCAGCUAGCAGACCUGGCUGCCCGGGGCGAGGGAGACUCCCCGCAGGCACGGGCCGUGGCUCAACAGCUCCAGGAGGCCUUGAAAGACCUCAAAGGCAAAAUGCAGGAGGCCAUGACCCAGGAAGUGUCUGAUAUCUUUAGCGACACGACGACGCCCAUCAAACUACUGGCUGUAGCUGCCACGGCCCCCCAUGAUGCGCCCAACAGGGAUGAGGUAUUUGAUGAGAGGGCUGCCAACUUUGAGAACCACGCUAACAAGCUUGGAGCCACUGCAGAGAAGGCUGCUGCCGUGGGAACAGCCAAUAGGAGCACAGUGGAGGGGAUCCAGGCGUCUGUCAAGUCAACAAGAGACUUGACACCACAGGUUGUCUCCGCUGCUCGUAUUCUAUUGAGAAACCCUGGCAACCAAGCUGCGUAUGAGCACUUUGAGACCAUGAAGAACCAGUGGAUCGAUAAUGUUGAGAAGAUGACAGGUUUGGUGGAUGAGGCCAUUGACACCAAGUCCCUGUUGGACGCCUCAGAGGACGCCAUCAAGAAGGACCUGGACAAAUGCCGCGUGGCCAUGGCUAACCACCAGCCCCAGAUGCUGGUAGCCGGUGCCACUAGCAUCGCCCGCCGUGCCAACCGCAUCCUGCUGGUGGCCAAACGGGAGGUGGAGAACUCCGAAGACCCCAAGUUCAGGGAGGUUGUGAAGGCCGCCUCUGAUGAGCUGAGCAGGACCAUCUCUCCCAUGGUGAUGAACGCCAAGGCUGUGGCCGGGAACAUCCAGGAUCCAAGUCUGCAGAAAGGCUUCCUGGACUCGGGCUACACCAUCCUGGGUGCCGUGGCCAAGGUGAGGGAGGCCUUCCAGCCCCAGGAACCUGACUUCCCACCUCCUCCUCCAGACCUAGAGCAGCUUCAGGUCAACGACGAGCCCGCCCCACCCAAGCCGCCUCUUCCCGAGGGUGAGGUCCCCCCUCCACGACCCCCUCCUCCAGAGGAGAAGGACGAGGAGUUCCCGGAGCAGAAGGCCGGGGAGGUGGUGAGCGAGGCCAUGAUGGUGGCUGCCAGGCAGCUUCACGAAGAGGCUCGCAAAUGGUCCAGCAAGGGUAACGACAUCAUUGGGGCAGCCAAGCGCAUGGCCUUGCUCAUGGCGGAGAUGUCGCGCCUGGUGCGUGGCGGCAGUGGAAACAAACGCGCCCUCAUCCAGUGUGCCAAGGACAUCGCCAAGGCGUCUGAUGAGGUCACACGACUGGCCAAGGAGGUGGCUAAGCAGUGCACCGACAAGCGCAUCCGGACCAACUUGCUCCAGGUGUGCGAGCGCAUCCCUACCAUAAGUACCCAGCUCAAGAUCCUGUCCACAGUGAAGGCUACCAUGUUGGGUCGUACCAACAUCAGCGAGGAGGAGUCCGAGCAGGCUACAGAGAUGUUGGUCCACAACGCCCAGAACCUGAUGCAGUCUGUGAAGGAGACAGUCCGGGAGGCUGAAGCAGCUUCCAUUAAGAUCCGCACGGAUGCUGGCUUCACCCUCCACUGGAUCAGGAAGACCCCUUGGUACCAGUAAGGCGGUUUACUCUCUGCUGAUGAAGGCACAGCCUGACGCACGUGCAAAGCGAAGUUUGAACAGUAGAUUGACGGACACGUAGAUAAUAAUUCCAGUCUGUAGUGUCAGCAUCCCCUCAUACGCAAUUUGGGUCAAAGGAGUGAAUACACUAUUUACUAAGUGACCCCACACCCUGUCUAUAAAUCGAGGCAGCCCAAGUAGAUUUUUAAAGAAGGGACUACCCAAUGCAACUUCCAAUUAUUUAGUUUCUUAUUGGGGAAAAUGUGUUUUCUAAUGUGUGUAAAGAAUGUGUUUUUAGAGCUUAUUGUGACAAAUACCAGGUAUAUAUAUAUAUAUAUUUUGAUUGACAGGUUUUUCAUAUCAAGAAGGGUUGAUGAUUGUUGGUCACUUCUAGACUUGGCCCGUGCUGAGAAUAUCUCUGUUAAAUUUGACUAUUAAGAUUUUCUUGGAAGAUGUCGUUUUAUGUCUUUGUACUGGUCCUUGAUGUCAUAUUCUGCAAUCAUUCACCGUUGCUAGAAUGGGCUUAUCUACUCAAAAGGAGUUUCUUCAAGUAUAUGCUAAGAUCUACACGCAAAAUGUAUUCACCAAUAUCAUGUCUAUUUACACAAUGCCAUGUUUCAGAAACUGAAAACACUGUUAGCCUCUUGGUUUAUAUUUUAGUGAAAUGGUUUUGUAGUAUGCUGCCAAAGAGUUUAAUCCACAAUUAACUUUGCAAUAUGGUUUCUUAUUUUGAUUAUGCUAUAUCAGAACUCAUAGGCUAAUGUAAGGGCUAGCUAAUCGUACACGAGUAUAUUUGAUAGUGAAACUUCUCCCAGCAAAUCAUCUUCCAACAUUUUUACAAUGUUGCCAAGAGAUUACAUGUAAACGAUACAGAUAACAUGAGGCUAAGUUAGCCUGGUGCUUUAAAUGACAACUCAUCUGUGAAACAGCAAGCUAGACCAGACUUUGUUUUACCUGAAUACUGUCUCAUUGUGAUGUGCUAAACCAAUGUUGAGAUGAAUACCGUAAGGCUUUUAAGGUUACGUUUAGGCAAUGUGGUAAAUGGUUCAACAGAAUGUUGUUUUCUAUAUGUUAAUCUGAUCUCAAACACGUGUAUUUUGCAUCUAGAACAUACACUAAACAUAAUGUAGCACAAAGUUGGUACAAUAUGCAAUCUAAAAAUGUCUGUUGUGUGUUUGAGUAAGAACAGAAGUUUGAAUGUGUGUAUGAUAUUACGACCCUAUAAAAACAUCUGAUGUGCCUUUGGAGAAAAUACUUUAAAUACAUUUUGUUUUUCCAUUUACAGAAAAUGAUGUUUUGUAUCUUGUACAAGUUGCAUCAUGAUUUUGUCCAGAAACAUGUUUGUUAUAUUUAAUAUGAUUCUUAGGCAAGUGACGUUACCUGCUUCUUUCAGUCUUUUGGACUAAGUCAAACCCUGCUUCUUGGCAUUAUUCACAUUUUGUAAUAAAGCAUUUUAUAACACCAA